AUGAAUAAUCUUACACCUCAAUUUCGGAAUCGUCCUAACAAACUCGACAACGGAUCUAUGCAUUUUUUCAAACACCCAAAGAAAUCAGAUUCAAACCCUAGAGCGAGGUCCAAUUCUAACCAAAUUCGAUCCCCAACCUUACCCAAAGAAGCAGUUUUCAGCAACCGUAAAACUAAAAGGCUAACUUUAAACCCCAGAAUAAAAAAUUAUUCCAAACAAAGCACCCCAAAAGAGCUUUCAGACAGUGAAAGCGAAAUUACUUCUAAAUUUAUGAGCAGCCAGGCUAGAUCCCCUAUUUCUCUACCAGAAAAUUCCCGUACUCAUAUUUUAACUCAACAAAUAAAAGAAAGUCUAGCAGAACUCAGAGAAGAAGCUGACAAUUAUAUGAAUAGCAGCCAAAAAGCCUUUAGUGAGUUUUCACAUUUUUCAAAACAAAUUGAUACAAAGAUAAGUAAAUCAGGGAUGGACCUUUGUGACACUUCUCCGAAUGAGUAUCAUUUGCUUGAACAAUUGAAAGCGAUUAAUGAUGAUAUACAAGUAAUGCAAACAAGGCUAUCAGAAAAUGAGCUUAAACUUUAUGCGAAAAGACAAGAAAAUAGUAAAUUGAAAGAGUUAUUAGGAAAUUUAAUACAGAACAUGAAUGAAAGAAAAGCCACAUCUUUAGAAAAAGAUAUAAUAUAUUGGAUAUUUUUUUAGAAUUUUCAUAUAAACUAUUAUUUUGGCAUUAAAAGAUGAUUAAUUAGCCUUUUAAAUUAAAAUUUAAGAUAGAGGUUGGUGAGAUAAAUAUGAAUGGUUUAUAGCAAAACAAUAAAUUGUACUGCGAAAUGCGAAAUCAUGUAA